UUAGUAAAACAAGACCCACUAAAGAAGCCUCCCUUGCCAGGUCAGCCUUCCACUGUAAAAUCAAACUUUUCCAGGCCAUUGGCACACAGUGAACUGGGUGAAGAAGAUGGACUCCAGAAACUAUAUCCUCACACUCCAUAUUCUUCAAACACCUUCCCUUCUACAUCACCAAAACCCUCAAUGAGGAGCAUUACUUCAGGAUCCAGUACUUUGCCUGCUACAGAUUUCUCAUUUGCUGGAGGGUCGCAAAUACCAGGAGGGCUAUCAAACCCACCUUUUAAGCCAGUCUACAAGUCACCUUCUGAAGGCAAUACCAGACCACCAGCUCCAAACCCUAAUUCACAACAAAAUGAUGUUAUUUCUUUGGAACAGUGGUAUUUGGGCAGUAUGUCAAGAAAGGACGCAGAGAUUUCUCUCAGAUCAAUAAAUCAGGAUGGUACAUUUCUAGUACGAAACUGCUCACAGACAUCAGUUUCACAGCCAUAUGUUCUUAUGGUACUAUAUAGAAAUAAAGUCUACAACGUGCGAAUUCGCUAUAACCAAGAAAGCCAAGUAUACCUUCUAGGAUCAGGAGUACAUGAGACUUUUAACUCAGUGCCUGAAAUCAUCGACUUCUUCCGCAACACUCCGCUUCUUCUUAUUGAUGGGAAAGAUCGAGGCUCAAGACAACAUUGCAAACUUACAUUCAUAGCUUCAAGAUGUUUUCAUUAGAAUUACCCUGCUAACAUAUUUUUUCAAAAAAU